UAGCGCUGAUUGGCUGGUUCGGUUCGAGGGAACGGAUUGGGUAAUUUCUCGUGACUGGUGGUCAAAUGGUGCGCCGGCUGGACAAGAACUGACCUGGGCAGGUUAGGUGUGUUAAAAACAGCUCCAAGCUAGAAGGUAACAGCUGACUGAAGUCCAGCAGAGUAGCGACAGAGACCGCGUGAAUAUGGGGGAAGAAACUGAGAGCUCAGUGAGAAGAGAGAACCAGGACGUGAAGGACGAAAAUACGUGCGCGCCGGAGGACAGCGGCGUGAAGUAUUACACACGCGAGGAGGUCCAAAUCCAUAACAUGAGCAAAGACACAUGGCUCAUAAUCCAUGAUAAAGUUUACGAUAUCACAAGUUUCAUGGAGGAGCAUCCAGGAGGUGAAGAGGUUCUGAUGGAGCAAGCAGGCGCAGAUGCAACAGAAAGCUUUGAGGAUGUGGGUCAUUCCACAGAUGCCAGAGAGAUGCUCCAGCAGUAUUACAUCGGCGAACUUCAUAUGGAUGAUCGAAUGAAAGUGUCAAAAAAGGAAGUGUACAUUACAACUUCCAAAGACACCAGGUCAUGGACCACCUGGUUAAUUCCCACCUUAGCUGCUGUGCUUGUGGGCGUCAUGUACCGUUACUACAUGUUGGAGCACAAAUCCUCCUGAACUCCUGCAAACUUUGUCACCGAUAUUUUUUUCUCUUGUCUGGAGGCCUUGACUUGUUUGAGUGAGUGAGUCAGCAAGACCACUCUCUAAACUCCUGCUCAUCUUCUCUUCUUUAGUUUACACUCAACUAGCUAUUUGGAAAAGCUCCAAAGCCCAUUGGCUCAUUUUUUUUUUUGUUGCCAAAAUUCACAUUUCUGUCUAACCUGCAGGACUUAACCUGCAGCAUUAUCUUAGUCACGCUUUCUAUCAUCAGAUUGUCAUGCUUUUUUGUUUUUAAAUGUACUUGGAAAUGACUUCAACUCCUUUAAAUUAAUCUAGAGUGUAGUUGGAAAGAUCAGGUCCUUCAGGUAUGGUUCAGCUUUUGCUAAUGGAUUUUAAUUCGCUCAUCAUUUUGACAAAUCACAUGUCCACAGCCUUCACAUAGCUGCUUAUUUAUGUUUGUCAGUGAAUUGCUUUGGGUUUAUUUCCUAAGGAGUUUGACCAAAUGAUUCAAGUGGAGAUACAUCUCCAAGAGAAGAGAAUAGCAAGAGUCAUGCUAUUAAAAAGAAAUUGAUAUUUUAAAUACAACAUGUUUAUAAGGGAUACUUUGCCCAAAAAUGAAAAUUGUCAUUUACUCACCCUCAUGUCAUUCCAAACUUGAAUGACAUUCUUUCUUCUGUGAAAAACAGUUACAUUUAAGAAUGUUGGUAACCACUGACUUCCAUUGUGGAUAAAAACAAAAAAAUUGUUCCACAAAAGAAAGAGAGUCAAACAGACAUGAGGGUGAGUAAAUAAUGGCAGAAUUUUCCUUUUUUUGGGUGAACUAUCCCUUUAAGGAGAACUCGAAAUAUUUCUGAAAUAUUGUCAUUGUUUCAAAUUUUAUCAUAUCACUUUUGCAUGAAUGUUGUCUUUCAACAUCAGACAAUGUGCAAUUGCUGAAAUUGAGCAUAGAGUUACAGUCAUACCGUGCUUUAAUAUUAUAUGCACGCUUUUUCUUACAAUGCAGAUUUCUAUAGUGUGGUACUGUUAUUCAGCCUUUUUGUAAUAAUGCAUUUGAGAGAUGUUUAAAUACCUUUUUUUUUCUGAAAACAUUGUUGGUGAGAACAUUAGUUUUGGGACGUGUUUGGUACUUGAACUGUUGUUCAGCUUGUGGAGUACCUGUUCAUAUAUUCAUUAUGCAUAUGCUUCUCUAAUAAAUUGUUCUUAGCAUUUUAAGCACUUGCAUGUAUAUUCCAGCUCUACUUGCUUUGGCUUAAAGGGCAGGUCGUGAAAAAUCAUCAUAUGCAGGUGUUGCCUUUAACUUCAAAAGUUUAAGUAAACCAAAAUGUCUAGGUUUGUUCGCAUCUUUUGUGUACUUCUGUUGUUAAAUCUUGCAUUUAUUUUUCAAAGAAUAUUGCAUUUAAAUCAGGUAGUUUUUAAUGAAACACUGAGUGAGUCAUUAUUAUGCAGUUAUAGUCACAUGUUUUUUUUAAUAAACCAUAUGUAUUAUUCAUUAUUAUUGGAUGAUAAAAACAGUUUCUCUUAGUAGGUUUAUCUUUAAAUUAAUUUCUUGCCAUGUGUUUUGUUUGAUUGUCGUGUUUAGAAUCAUUUGACGUUCCUGCCACAAGAAAUGAGCAAAAUUAAUUCUUUCAUUUGUCUCAUUGAAGUUUGUGUGCAUUUUAUAUGGAUAGAUAUUGAUGACAUCGUCAAGUUUUCAUUGGUUCACAUUUUAAUGUCAUUUAUAUUUUAAUUAUAGUGGGAAAAAAACUCAGUCCUGAAUUGAGAACAAGUGUGUUAGUCUCUAGAUCCCUGCUCUUUUAGUUCAACAACAGGAAAAAAAAUCACAGUUCAAGACCUUGAUUAUUGCUAAGAUAAAUGUUGUUUAUUUAAUAAAACAUGUAUUUAUCUGUCAGAUUAGGAUUAUCUGUGGUAUGUCAUCGUGAAUAUGACUGACUUACUGAAUCUGUGUUUGUUAAAAGUUUCAAUAAAUGUUUACAAAUGCAAAUAUA